UAUGGAUUUGCGUAAUCUUGCAUCGGAAUGUCAAUCCAAUCCAUAGAUAGGGACGAUAUCUUGACAGCAAGCAUCGUUUCGAUAACAGUCAUCCAAGUACCUUGUUCUCACAAAUUCUGUUCUUUUCUGUUCUGGUCUGGUCUUACACAACUGUGACACCACGGGCCUUGUUUCGGCGCACGAUAUGAUAUGACGAUAAUAACCCAACACCUUACAACCGCUAUGGACGCCGAUUCUUGACAUACAAAGACUCCUAAAAUCGAUCAGUCUCGCACGGGUUUGCUAGCAUAUCAACGCCGGUCGAUUCCCUCCACCGUCGACAUUCUCCCAAGGUACGCGCGCGGGAGCGAAUCGAACAGUCCAAGCUACCUAACACACGCUCUGCCCUGGGAAGUUAACCAUCCCAUACUGGCCUAUCUCUCGCAAGGGGGGAAAUAUCUCUGUCACUCUGUCUAUCAUGGACUCUCACGUCCAGCGCCUCGUGGACCAAACUUGGGAAAAGUACUCCCAAUGUGACCUCUCGCAACGGCUCCUCAUCGCCAUCUCCGGGAUCCCAGGCAGCGGCAAAACCACGCUCGCCACCUGCGUCGCCCACGGUCUAAACACAGCCCACCGACAGUCCCGGCACAGCCAAUUCCCCAACAGUCCGGAAUCCGACACAUCAUGUCCUGACAUCGCCUUCGUCGUGCCCUUGGACGGCUACCACCUGACGCGCAAGCAACUGUCCGAGAUGCCCAACGCCGAAGAAGCCAUGUUCCGGCGCGGCGCGGCCUUCACGUUCGACGCACCCUCGUACCUCGAGCUCGUGACGCAGCUCCGCAAACCCAUCACGCCGGAGACGCCGACCAUCUACGCGCCCAGCUUCGACCACGCGGUCAAAGACCCCGUGCCCAACGACAUCGCCAUCCCGCCGACCGCACGCAUCGUCAUGUUCGAAGGCCUGUACACGGCCCUCGACGCCGAUGGAUGGCGCGACGCCCACGCUCUCAUGGACGAGGUGUGGCGAGUCGACACCGACAUCGAGACCGCCACGCAGCGUGUGGCCAAGCGCAAUUUCGCCGCGGGCAUCACCGCCACGUUCGACGAGAGCCUCGAACGCACCAAGGCCAGUGACAUGCGCAAUGCCCGCGAGAUCCUGGACAAGCAAUUGCCCGUGCAGGAGGUCAUCCCGAGCGUGGACGACGAGACCUGGAGGAGUGAGGAGGUCGUCCGGGUGGAGGGCGAGUUGGAAGACCAGCAGCAGGAGGAUGACAUGAUGCGCCGGAAGAUGAUGAGGAUGGAUAGUAUCGCGGCUUUGGCUGCUGAUGGGGUAGGAAUGUAGUACUUGGAACUUUUCAGCUAGCGAGGCGAGGAGGACACCCUUGGCCGUUGGCAUUGUCGAUGUCACAGAUACGAGAGAAAGCAUCCUGACAGCGAUCCCAAUGCAAUGCACAGAUGAGUCAAAGAGAUAAGGCAAACAAUGUCAGGAACACGGAUGAAAGGCUCUUCACAGAAAAUAAGACACGUUAAC